AUGAGAAAGAUAUGGAGAGAGCAAACUGAAAGAUAUAGGGAUCGUGUGAGGCAAAAAACUAUUGUUAAUUAUCCAGAGCCACCGCCGCCUUCGGACCAUGAAGAUCCACACUUCGAUCCUCAAAUAUUGGACAAUAGAGCUUCAGGUGCCGAAAGACCCCCAGAAAAACAGAGGAAACGGAUAAAUGAGCUUAUCAAAAAACAAAAAAACGAAAUUGAUCGAUUAAAAAACUAG